CGUCACACUAGGUUAAAAAGCCCAAAGCCCUCUACAACCGAGAAAUUUUGAGAAGCGCUGCUACGAAGAAAGACGUUGAAAUCGUGGUUGACCUGCUUCUCCUUUGUCGUUUCGCAUCUGAUCUAAGGAGAAGAUGAUUGAUGAUCAAGACCUGGGGUUUAUUGCCAAUUUUCUUGGCAUUUUUAUAUUUGUACUGGUGAUUGCUUACCAUUACGUGAUCGCUGACCCAAAAUAUGAAGGCAACUGAAAACCACAUGCUGUAUGCCCGCACUCUCAGGAUUAAAUGAAACUCAUAGAUAUCAGUUUUGUUAGCAUAGUCAUUGUGGAAACUUAAUGUAGUUAAAUAUUUGGUUUUGGAUAUCAUUUUUCCACUCAAUCUGGCUUUGGUUUUUGCUAAUUUUCUAUACCCAAGCUUUUCAAAGGUGGUGUUUGGGAAGAAAUGGGCUCCAUAGCCAUUUGCCUAAGGUUAUAUUAUGGGCAAACCCUUUUCAAGGGAUGCUGCCUACUUUUAUGAGCCAUUGCUAUGAUUUUAAUAAAACUAAUUGGUGAAA